GUAGUCCCGCCCAGUCCAUAUUUAAACGAGUCAAUGUCAGCUGAACCUCAGACUUCACAAGAGCUUGAUCUUGGCGAGCGCGUGCGCACCCGUGGGAAAAUUUUGGAGACACUUUUGCGCGUAAAAUUACAUCUUCAACCUGAGAUAAAGGAGCAGUUGGAAAACCACAGCACCCUGAAGUUGGACUUUUGGUCUGACUUGGAAGUUGAGUUGCUGGAAAUUCAAUAUCGUCCAGGUGCAUUGAAAGCCCCCUCCUGACCAAGGGGGCGUGAGAACAUUAUUCGCCCACGAUGAAAGCACUUUUCCCGGUUUUUGUGUAUUGCAUCAGCCUGCUCUCCUCACAACUGCUGGCUCUACCGGUGAGAGACAGGCUGGACUUCAUGACCAGACUCCAUCAGCUAAAAGAGGAAAACACCAUCCCUUCAGAUGUUACUGAGCGUCCAAACACCGACCAUGUCGUCUCCAUCGACCGCACCGUUCUAUGGAGGGCCAUCCUCUUCAAAUCACCACCUCCGGACCCAACAAUUGAAACGGAACAGUCCAACGAAACAAGAGAGAGCCCUAAACACAGAGGUCGUCGCAACGUGCACUCAAAAGGCCACCACAACCAUCAUCACGCCCAGCUGAAGCGCGUCGGAUGCCUCCUCGGUACCUGCCAGGUACAAAACCUCAGUCAUCGCCUCUCCCAAUUGGUCAGGCAAAGCGGACGCGAAAGCGCACCCAUCAACCCGCACAGUCCACACAGCUACGGAUGAGCCUAGGAGGACGUCCGACUCAAACUAAGACCAAGAAAACAGCGUUACACAUAUCUGUCCUGGUGUUUGUCUAUUUUAUUGCAAUAGGAUACUGCUGUAGUACUCUUUCCUCCUCUCUGCCUUGGUUUUCUGGAGUGUAUACUGUGCCUUUUUGGACAGAAAGGAACUGUUACUUGCGAAUUUUGAAUUCGGUGCCUUUUGAAACACUUUGACACUCUGACCUCUCAUUUUUUGGUACUCUAUUUUCAUAUUAAGUCUUCAAUCCGCUGCAUUACGUCCCGACUCGUCUAAGGUGGUUAACUUCUACACCACUGAUCAAACCGGCUGAGCCUUUAAUGUGGAUUUCAUCAAGGUGUGGGAUUGGAUUUCUCUCAAUGUGAGGCUCGUGCGUUCCAAAAAACUCUGAACCCUCUUACCUUGUAUCUCCAAGAGACUUUUAAGAAGAAAGACGUGCUUCGGAGGUGAUGCAAGACCACCAUCUGAUACUUUCUCACUUGGUUUUAGACAAUGGAGAAUUGUCUGAAUUUAUAAACACAGUGGUUGAACCCGCAUAACAAUACAGUAGCAAUUGCAGUCAAAUCCAGAUUAACACAUUGUUGCUUCUCCAUGCAUUCUGAGGGCUGGCGCCUUAAAUAUUACACCUCACGUGGUUCAUAAAGUCAUGGGAAUGAGUUAUAAUCCUUAAGGUCUCAGUUUCAACUUUGAGAGAAUCCUGCUGGGCUUCGCCACAUUUUAUAAACAAGCGUUUUUUUUAAAUGAUGGUUAUAACUCACCCAUAAAUACCCAUAACCAAGGUUACAGCUCCAUAACAGAGACUAAAACUAGCUUAAGGACUGUUUAAAAAUGUUUUUUUUCCCAUUUUGGAAACACUCUAAAAAGAACAUUUCAUCAUUCUGAAAAAAAAAAGAAUUUAGUCAUGAUUUACUCAUAAAGUUCCAAACGGAACACAAAGAAGAUAUUUUGAAACAUGUAACCUUGGACCACAAAACCAGUCAUAAGUGUUACAUUUUGGAAACUGAGAUUUAUACAUCACCUGAAAGCCGAAUAAGCUUUUCAUUGAUGUGUUUGUUAGAAUAUGACGAUAUUUGGUUGAGAUAUUUAAAAAUUUGUCCAAAUGAAGCUCUUUGCAAUGCAUAUUACUAAUAGAAAAUUAAGUUUUGAUAUAUUUAUGGUAGGAAAUUUACAAAAUAUCUUCAUGGAACAAAAUACCCGUGCUGCUUAAGACUGGUUUUGUGAUCCAGGGUUACAGAUGUCCAUAUAUUACAAGGGAUCUGGAGUUGGUUUUGGACCCUAAAACUUGCAUUGUAUGCACAAAAAUAUUCUUAAUAUCAUAAAUGUCCUUAAAAUGUUCUUAAGUGAUUCUCAAGCACAUUCUUGUAAGUUUAAUUAAAGAUUCUAGUUUGACCAAAAUUUGAGGAGCGAGAGUUCCAAAGUCUUUCGGGAAAAACGUCCUUCCACAAGCACUCUUCCAGCCGUGUCGUGUAUUUUAAGAAUUCCCUUUUGUUAUAAUAAUCAUGUCUGAAUACGUGGGUGGAUACACACACCAAAAAUACCCGACAGACGAAGCUGUAAAAUUGAAACUUUCAGAGGCUUUCCAUCCCUUUUGGGGGUCUGUGGAUGUCAGGGGAAAGCUGUGAGACAUCAAAGUACAUGUCUGAGGAUUAAAAUAGCAGAAGUAAUCCUAAAAAUCCUACUUAAACAAUUUCAGCUGGGUACGCAGGCCAAAUUCUCCCACUAUGUGAUGUAUGUUAUAGGACAACUUGCUUUCAAAUCGCUCCAGAAAGGCAGAGAACCGACCAAAAAACCUGAGUUUACUUGAUACCUUUUUGUGCAUUUGCAUUAUACUGUUCAUUUAUCUUUAAACGGGCUUGAACCUCAAUUGGAUUUGAUGGUGUUGGUCACUGUAAAAGUCUUUUUUCCUUGUCAUGGCUGAUUCUAAUUAUAAUGAUGAUAAUAGGAAGUAGUAAUCGCUGGUCUGCUCAAAGGCUCUCUAUAUAUCCGACACCAUUCUCUCUGCUGUAUUCGAUCUGAUUGAUGUCUCGUGACUAAUCAUAAUUAAAGGCUUUUAAACUGC